UUUAUUUAGCAUAUGCGACUGUACCUGUAGACUUCCAGUCAUUGCGCUAAUGCUAGUUACCAGAAUCUCUCUGUAUUCCUCUAAAGCCACACUGUAAAAUGGAUCUGAUUUGGAUUAAAUAUGUGGAAUCAUGUGGAAGUUUCAUUCAUGUCUCUAUGAUUAAAUAAACACUUUGUUUGUUUUUGGCAGGAGAAAGGCCAGACUCUGAGGAACCAGAGGAAGAAAUGGCCAAACCAGCAAGACCAUACCACUGCUCCCAGUGUGCGAAGAGUUUUACCCAGUUAGGGAACAUGAAAAGACACGAGAGGACACACACAGGUGAUAAACCUUACCACUGCUCCCAGUGUGGAAAGAGUUUUACCCGGAUAGGGUCCCUGAAAAUGCAUGAGAGAAUGCACACAGGAGACAAGCCUUACCCCUGCUCCUUGUGUGUAAAGAGAUUUUCCUCAUCAGGAUGCCUGAAAAUACAUGAGAAGACGCACACAGGCGAUAAACCUUUCCAAUGCUCCCAGUGUGGAAAGAACUUUUCCUUGUCAGCGAGCCUGAAAAGACAUGAAAGGACACACACAGGAAAUACUCCUCAUCACUGCUCCCAGUGUGGAAAGAGUUUUACCCGGAUAGGGUCCCUGAAAAUGCACGAGAGAAUACAUACAGGAGAAAAGCCAUACCACUGCUCCCAGUGUGGAAAGAGUUUUAACCAGUCAAGGGACCUGAAAGAUCAUGAGAGAAUACAUACAGGAGAAAAGCCACACCACUGCUCCCAGUGUGGAAAGAGUUUUAACCAGUCAAGGGACCUGAAAGAACAUGAGAGAAUACAUACAGGGGAAAAGCCAUACCACUGCUCCCAGUGUGCAAAGCGUUUUACACAGUUAGGUCACCUGAAACGUCAUCAAAGAACACACACCGGAGAGAAGCCUUACCACUGCUCUCAGUGUGGAAAGAGUUUUGCCCAGUUAAGUCACCUGAAAGAACAUAAGAGAUUGCACACAGGGGAGAAGCCUUACCACUGCUCCCAGUGUAGAAAGAAAUUUUCCUCGCUAGCGAACCUGAAAAGACAUGAGGACACACACAGGAGAUAAGCCUUCCAAUGCUCCCAGGACCUGUAAAUUGAUAUUUCACAUCACAUCAUCAGAGAACUUACAGUGCUCCCGUUGUCUUAUAUUUUUUACGAAGAAUGUGUUUUUUGAUUAUGCCAUAUGAAAUCGAACU